AUGCCACGGCUGCUGCAUGGGAAGAAUAUUCUUCACAUGGUGGCUAUUGGGUCCAUCGAGUCGAUCGCUAGAGACUCGAAUUCCGUGGAUUGGUCGACCAGUCUCGGGCCCGUGAAUGAAGUUGAGGACGUGAUACUGAUGGACCCGCACUAUGAUCUUACAUCAGCCAGGAUGAAUAAGUUAUUCUCGCUGUUCAACCCUGGAGAGGAUGGCAUGGUGUCGUACGAAGGUUUUCGAUGUGGGUUGGAGGCCAUGGGUAUCGCCUGUGGUGACGACGAGCAGUUCCAAGCGUUUAUUUGCAAGGUAGAUGAUGAUAAAAGCGGUGGUAUUACGUACGAGGAGUUCUUGUUCGCUAUCCAGGAGAUCAAACUCGCCCAACUUUUCAACGAGGAAUUCCUGCGCAAUAUGCCGCCGGAAUACACUCACAUGAAGCGCAGACGAGUGGGGAAUGCGCGACUGGGGUCGAUCGAGUACUCUCCGGACCGUAUUCGCAGCGUGUACCCCAUCGACCAAGUGCAGAGAUUCAUCUACUCUACCAAGCCAGGGUGGGCGUCAGUGCGCUGGAUCAACGUGGAAGGCAUCGAUCCUCUACUCAUGAGACGGUUAUCGGUACGAUAUCGUCUCCACCCGUUGGCUAUUGAAGACACUCUGGAUGCAGACGUAGAGAGACCGAAGUACGAAGAAUACGACGAACAUUCGUCGCUUAUCGUACAGACAGUCCACGCCCGAGACUUGGCUAUGGUCAAGGACUACCAGAGCAUGUACCGUGCCUCACUUUAUGUGCAGGACGACGAUAUUUCCCCCUUCGAGAGUAUGACGAAGAAGGAGCUGGAGGAUCGCUUGGAGCAACUUAACAUCGGAUGUGUCAUGACGGCACCACAGCAACUUAGUCUGUACAUUAUGGAGGACGUUCUGAUCAGUGUUGAAGAAAGGUCCAGUACACUCUGGGCCAUGCUGAAGCAGCGAUUGGAUACUUCGUACUCCAAGGUGCGGCAACACGGCACAGCGUUCCUGGUGUACACAGUUGUGGACAUUUGUGUGGACGAGUUGACGCCGAUCACGCACACUUUUGGCUCGAAGGGCUCCAAGUGCUCUGUAAGCCCAUGA